AUGCCACCUCGCAAAUCCACCUCCUCGGUGACGCCUGCUGAUCCUGAUGACUCCCUGCUCCAGCAGUCACCUCCAGCACCGCAGACCGACAAGCCCGUGUUUGCGACGGAGCAGCAGUUAAAGGCUCGGGCCGAGGCAGGCGCGAGUGUCGAGGACUAUCUCCUACCACGCUCACUGACGAUUCGUCUCGCCAAGUCGGUUCUCCCGCCGAACACGACAAUCCAGAAGGACGCAGUAUUGGCUAUGCAGAAGGCUGCUACGGUGUUUGUUUCCUAUCUGUCUUCACACGCCAACGAUGCAACCCUCAAACGCACGAUUGCCCCAUCAGACGUCUUCAACGCCCUCUCCGAGCUAGAACUCGACUCUUUCCGCGGCCGUCUCGAACAGGAACUGGAGGCGUAUACUGAGAUCAAAGCCGGGAAACGCAAGCCGAAGAAGGUUGAUGAGAAUGGCGCCACGCAGGAUGCAUUAGGCGAGAGCGCGACUCAGGCCGAUGGUGAUGUUGAGAUGCUUGAUAAUCCCGCGAAAAGGGUAAAGCGGGACGGAGAGGUGGAGGUAGCUGUUGGUCCGCCUGCUGGGGAUGAUGGAGACGAGACUCAAGAGGAAGACGUCGAAGAGGAAGAGGAAGAAGACGAUGAGAGUGAGGAUGACGAAGAGGAGGAGGAACAUGCUCCGCGUGAGGAUAACCUUGAACAUGUGGAGGAUCUGGACCGUGAGCCUGGUGCGAAAAGGGGACCUUAUGAUCCUGAUGCCGAGGAGACGGACGAAGAUGAGGAUGGGCCUGGUAGUCAGUUGCGGGAUAAUCUUGGGUUGGGCUAA